UUGUUACAGGAUAUCAAUUAUCCGCUCAAUCGACGUCGCUCAUCGACUUUUAUCACACAACUGCUGAAUCACCUGGAAAAUAACGGUGGUAGACUACGCAGUACAAGACGCUCCUCUGUAAGUGGCGGUAGUCCGCGUAGAGAGCUUUCUUUUGAAGAAGACGAUCGCUCGCAUGCGAAUUGGGAUCUCUUUGAUCUGAUCAGCCCAGCAGCUGAUAAUGAAGGAUCUAUCGCCAUUCCACGAAUUGUACGCCGUGCGCGCACAAUGCGUCAUCAGCCCGAUGGAUACGUCAGAUCCUUCAUAGACAACAAACUUGUGCAUGAAAUCGAGGAAGACAUAAUCGCGGAACAGUUGCCGUUCAAUGUGAAAUGUCCCACGGAGUUUGCCGAAGUCUCCAUCGUUGAGCCAACCGAGCUUAGUCAUCUGAAUGUAGCCGAACCCAGCUGCUCCGACCCCGAUUGGAGCGCCCCAUUCGAAGAAAAUUCUAUUCCGAGAUUCCGAGCUCCAGCUGGUGACUCGAAUUUAUCUGGGCUUGUACUUGAUUCACCGAGAUACCCCAGCUCCUCAGUGGGAGAAGACUUUGUUCUGCCGAGUCCAGCCUCAUGUAGUUCCAUGUCCAUCUCUAGUCCGAAUCCAUUUCGGCUUGCCGCCUCAGGCGAAUGGCAUACCGAUGAAUCCCCAACAACUCCGGGUACUCCUGACACGAAAACAGCAGAGAAAGCAUUUGAAGGAUGGGUUAGGCGAAGAAAAACUGCGAAGGAAUUGUUCGCCAAGGAAGUUACCAAUAAAUGGCCAAAGUGCUGGAUGUGCCUGCGAGGACCAUUUCUCAACAUUUAUCCUAAUCAAUUUACCCGUCGAGCUGAUAUGAUAAUCAACGUUGCGAAAUGUGUGGUCUCAGACGAGACAGAUCUGAAAACUUCUAAGAAAUUGUGGUGUCUUCCGCUUGUCAAGGCCACCAAUCGAGCACCAUUUCUCGUGCUACAGUCAAACUGA